UGCCGAACUUGCCGUAUCCGCAAGGUCAAGUGUGACGAGGAAAGAAUACCAAGUCAAGCGCACGAGGAGCCACAAUGUAAGCGAUGCUUGGCCGCGAGGAUCCUGUGCGAGUGGAAAGGCGCCCCAAUCCCGCGCAGGCCGACGCGUACUUCAACAGAUAUAUCAUCCAAGAGAUCUACAAGAGAUGAAGCCAGCACUGCGAAUUCUUCCAGAAGUGCAAGGAAGCGACCGCAAAUUAUAUCAUAUCCACAGCAAUCACUCUCAACUCAAAAUCAGCUUUGCGUGCAGGGUCGGAGCAUUCAGGCUGCCAAUUCCUUAUCACUGUCAGAGUUCGAUCGCGAAUGUUUGAGUUAUAUUCAGGAUUCGAUCUUGGUUGUACUUGUCGGAAAGCAGUGGCCAUGGUCAACUGUCUCUUAUGCGUACCACAGAAUAGCGACCAAAGAACCUAUGGUCAUGAGCGUGAUGUUGGCUAGUGCUGCGAGGGAGAUCCACCGGUCUAAACUCUAUGACAUGGAGAAUCCCCUCGGUCAUCUACCGAGCAGUGAGCGAUCAGACAUGGAUGGCAGGGUACAUUACGGGCGAGCUUUGUCAAGUCUCAGAGAAGCUCUCAAGGAAGAGGUGAAGACCCCACAGCAAAUCGAGAGUAUUUUCAUCACACUUUGGUUGAUGAUAGACUAUGAGAACCGCUUUGGCAGCGGGGCCUCCGCGAUCAAUAUCCAUAUCCGGGGGUUGAGACACUUCUCCAUAACCACAUUGUCCCUUUGCUUCACUGCCAUUACGCACAGCCAACUACCCUUGCAGCAACCUGAUCCCCACAUGAACCUUUCUGCUUUGGGCGAAUAUGCAAGCAGUACAGACUCUGCUACUCCCGCUCGACCUUCAGGGUCGAUAAUAGACGGACUGGGUGGCACAUCUGUUCCCCUUUUCCUUCUUUGGACACUCUACUUCUUCACUCCUGCAGUUCUUUUCUUUGGCUCUGGGGCCGCAAACCUGGACACUGAUAUCUUUCGGUUUUUCUUACGACCUGAGACUGGAAAUACUGCGCUUAGCCUUCCUGCACUCUACAGACUGAGCAGGCAGUCCCCUUCCCGCUUCUGGGGCGAUGGAUACCCCAUAUCAUCCCAGCUGGAUGAUUUAGAAAAUCUUCCCGGCUUGACUUUAUAUCACCGUAGCCAUGUGCUUCAGUUCAAAAUUACCGAACUAUUCAAACAUAGUUCAGGUCCAGAUAUCAGCUCUGGGGAAGGUUCUCCAUACCAUCGGAUCACCAAAGAAAUAAACACAUUGUCUAUCGAAUAUGAUACACUCCUCACCUCAGCCAAAAUGUCCGCCUCCUGCGAUCUCGCCGGCGAUCGUCGCGUUAUGGAGACCAUUUUCUGGUCAGCUAUCACAUAUUACGGCACGAUUGUCUAUUUCCAUCUCUGCAUCGAAAGUCUCCUAGCCGGUCGGCCCGAGUUCCAAAGCUACAAUAACAUCAUUCUCCCUGUAACCACUGCCGUGUCUUUAGUUCUUGAACUGAGUUUGAAACUGCACCGAAGCCGGCCGCGUCUUUUAGUCCGGAUAACCUGGUCAUUAUUCAUUGCGGGCAUUGCAACUUCGGACCGAAUUUAUCAAGACUGGGUUUCCAUUCGGCUACGGGAGCUUGGAAGAUACGGGCAAAAUUAUGAGCGCAUCAGUGCGCGGUUUGACGAAAUUAGCCAGGGUGGUCACUCUUACUUUCAUGAUGGAAGAGGUCAUUACUUUUUAGGGGCCUAG